AACUAUCUGUCACAGUCCUGUUUAUAUUAAUUUUUAGACGUUUGUACAAGAAGGAAUAAACAUCAAUUUCAGUUUACUAAAAUAUACGAUUUGAGUUGAAAUUGAAUCAGAUUCGGUUAAUUGUAAAAAGUGUGAAAGAAUAAUGCAAAAUGUGCCGCACCAUUCAGUCUCUAAUACAAACCAUCAUAUGCGCGCUACAAAUGAUCACAAGGAUCUUCAUGACGGUGCUCCUGAUGAUUGAGAAUAUGAUCAGAAUGCUGCUGCAGUCAAUAUACAACUUCAUAUCAACGAUACUUCAAGUCAUAUCUCUGAUACCGAUCUGCUGCAUAUUUAUGCUUACGGCGAAGAUGCGCUGCUUGUUGUGCGGCGGCGGCGGUGGCGGCUGCGGCGGUGGCGGUGGCGGUGGCUUCGUGGGUUGCUUCCUCUCCGUGCUCUUCUUCAUCUUCUUGUUCAAAGCCCUGCGGCAUUACGGCCUCGCCGACAAGUUUUUGGCGCGCAUGGGUUACUCCAGGGCGUGGAAACACGAGGGCAAGACGUUCACCGCACCACCCAAGGCAAACCACAAAAGGAGAGGCCCCGAGGGUAGAAUGGGAACCGAAUCUAGCGAAGACGAUAUCACAAAUUAUAUCUUCGAUGAUUUUGAAAAUAGCACGACGACUGUCAUGACAACUUUACAAAUGGCGGACACAUACGCCGCCACUGAAUAUAGUAAAGUUGGUAACUUGUCCACUAUGCUGUAUUAUUUAUUCUGAACUGUUUAUUUUAGAAUACCAUUGUUUUUUUUUAA